UGAUCGUGGUGACCGUGCUGGUGCUGAACGUGCACUGGCGGUCACCCCAGACCCACCGAAUGGCGCCCUGGGUGCGGAGGCUCUUCAUCCAGCUGCUGCCCCGCCUGCUGGUCAUGCGGCGACCGCGGAAACCUCCCAAAAGCGGCUGGCGGCCGGGGGAGCCUCUGCCCGGCUGUACCUCGGUACGGAACUCGUCCACCGGUAACCUGACGGGCUCUCAGUCGCUCUCAUCCGUCGAGGGGAUUCAACUGUGCGCCGAGAGGCACUAUUCAGAGUCGGUUAUCAACCCGUCGUGCCAGGUGCACGGCGGAGAGGCGAGCGACUGGAGCCCCCUCUGUGACCGGGUGCCUGUUCUCGGUAACCGGUCGCGCCUCGGGCUGGCCGGCUGCUCACAGGAGAUCCAUCGGGUCAGCUGGUGUGUCAACUUUAUCGCCGAGAACACCAAGAACAAGGAGGAUCAGCUGGCGGUGCGCGAGGACUGGAAGUACGUGGCCAUGGUGCUGGAUCGGCUCUUCCUCUGGGUGUUUCUGCUAGCUGUGGUGGUCGGCACGGCUGGUAUCAUCCUCCAGGCUCCCUCUCUAUACGACGAUCGGGUCGCACUCGACCUCAAGUACUCAGAGAUUGGACGGUUCCGGCGGAGAAAGUGAGACGACAGCGCCUCUGGCGAACAAUAUAGGAAGCUGUGCUUUGUGCUGGCGCUCGUCAGGGGGUAUGGCGAUGGUUGCUGAGGUGCAGCGUAGGACUGAAAAUGUUUGUGAAUUGUGUCAAGAGUAGGUUUAUGAGUGAAGUUAUGCAUGCCAGUGCUCGUGAUUGGAAUGAAUACUUUAUUGAUGAAUAGCAAUUUGAUAAAGUCAGCAAUGACACCUUUGUUAUUCCUGCAUGUAGCGAAAACAAAACUUUGUGUGGGCAAGGAGACACGGGAGUGUUAUGGAGUAUGGACGUAACUUGCCAGUGUAUAUUCACAUGGUUAUAAUUUUCCUAUUUAUACUGUAUAAUUACUGGGAUAUACGGUACAACUAGAAGUCAUAUAAUAUCAAAUUUACAUCAAAGAAAGCAUUUGCAUGAAGUGCACCGACAAUAAUUAGGUGGUUAUCCCUUCUCUGUCAGUUACCUACUUAGUUAUUCAUUUAUACCGAGAAAUUAUUCAUGUGUUUACUACAAAUCUUUCACGGUUGAUCUUUUUUGCAGGGUAGACAUUCGUUGCAAGAUAGGCACAGGAGUAUUUAAUCAAUCGUUGCUAUGCAUACAUAUUGAUUUUGUUAUAAAUUCCUCGCCGGUUUGAUGUCUAAGAUUCUAAACCUCAUUGGGCAUGAAGUCCAGCGUGUUUUGUUUACAUGUCUCCUCAGCUGAUGUCGCGAAAUGCCUGUGGAGUUUUCCGUGAAUUGCGGAUAUAAUAAUUUCUAGACUGUCAACCCGUCAAACAUUCGUGAUUCACAAAUAAUUCAUUACAAGCAUUCCGAAGAAUGGUUCCCAUGGACUUGUAGGUACAGCCCACCGCUAAAGUAAUGUGUGUUUUACCAAUCUCAACGGAUGGCUUUGACCGACGAUUUUUAAAUGCGGACUGAUUGAAAAGAAGACGUCAAUAGAUAACGUUGUAGCUGCAAGGAUGAAGAUACAUGUAAGCUACAUUUAACGUCUCGUUGCAGUCUGGCUGAUCGUUCCUAGGCUUCAGAAGCAGAACAUACCCAUGACUGAAACCACACAUUACUUCUGCUGUGGACUGUUAUACCAUGUCAGUCACUCCCCGUUCAUUUCUACGCGUGUUGAAAUGUGCUCAAAUGUCAAUGUUUCCAUAGGAGUCAGAGAUUCGAGUCCCUUCAUCAAUACAGUGCAGCGCUGAGGGCGCAACACCUGUCGAGAGGUUGACAGGCAUGAUAUCUGAAACUCACGCUAGCUAUAGUCCCUCCUGGUAUGGCCGUCUUUCGAGCGUGACGUCCCACCACAUUCGUAUGCGUCGCUACUGUGACGCGUUGUGACGCUGUGCGCCGCUUCUGUGACAAGUUGUGACGCUGCGUAUCACUGCUGUGACGCAUUGUGACGCUGUGCGGCCAUGGUGGCGCCGUCACUGCGUUACGUCUGUGUGACGCAAAGAUUCACUGCGAAAAUGUGACGUCUGCUCCCGUGAUGCGUCUGGGUAGAGAGAAUGUUAUGCGUUCAAUGAACGUUUGCGAGGAUAGAUGAGUAACGGAUCUGACGCAUGACAAUAAACUGACGAUACCUUG